GGGUUCAUCCUGCAGGGGCUGGCGCAGUGGUGAAGGGGGAAGGCUGGGGGCGGAGGGAAGGGCGGCGGGAGCCCAGUCCCACCCCCAGCUGCAGCCCCCAGCAGGAAGAGAUUGUCGCGGGAGCCGCCGCCAAAAGGGACGGAACUCGGGCGGACGGGCGGGUGGCUGUGGCCAGUGGGUCGGUGCGCCGUGAGGACCAGGCUGAGGCUGGGGGCGCGCCGCUCGGAGGAGGGGGCGUGGCCUGGGCUCCUCCCGCGCCCAGCUGGAGCGCCUCCCGCGCCGGGACCGGGUUGACACCGUCGGCGCCCUCUUUCCAGGGGCUCCGGGGCAGCCAUGCUCCUGUCCGGGGGCGACCCUCCGGCGCAGGAAUGGUUCAUGGUGCAGACCAAAUCGAAGCCCCGGGUGCAGCGGCAGCGGCUGCAAGUGCAGCGCAUCUUCAGGGUCAAGCUGAACGCCUUCCAGAGCCGCCCAGACACCCCCUACUUCUGGCUGCAGCUGGAGGGACCCAAGGAGAACAUGAGCAAAGCCAAGGAGUACCUGAAGGGCCUGUGUAGCCCGGAGCUGUGGAAGGAAGUUCGCUACCCACAAGCCCUGCACUGCGCCUUCCUUGGGGCUCAGGGCCUCUUCCUCGACUGCCUCUGCUGGAGCACCCUGGCCUACCUGGUGCCAGGCCCCCCUGGCUCCCUGAUGGUGGGGGGACUGACCGAGUCUUUCAUCAUGACCCAGAACUGGCUGGAGGAGCUGGUGGGGCGGCUGCGCUGGGGCCCUGCUGCUCUGCUCACUCCUCGGGGAAUCUGGGAGGCUGAGGUCACCAGGGCCUUUGGGGCCCUGGUCUGGAUCCGUGGUGACCAGUAUGCAGGGGAGCUGCUGCAGCUGCCCCCAGCGGUCCAAGAGCUGCUGCUGAGCCUAGUACGGGACGCUGCGGGCAAGGAGGACAUCAUCGAGUGGCUCGGCCGCAUCGGCACCUCUGAGUCCCGCUCGGACCCCGAGGUGCUGAUCUGCCCUUCCCACCAGCAGAAGGAAGGCCCAGCCAUGGUGUCUGUGGGAGAUGGUCCUGGGCCCUUCCUGGAGGUGGGGAGUCUCCAGAACAGGAGCUCAGAACAUUCAAAGAGAUUAACCAGCCUGGGAGCCACCAGGGCCCUGGUCUCGGGCACCCCAGGCCACAACACACAGCAGGAACCAACCAGCCAGCUGCUACGGGUCGAUGCCAACAGCCAAGGUAGUACAGACAGUGCUCGAGAGGAAGGGCCCGCGCGAGCCACUGGCAGCCAGGACUCUGCAAACCACACACAAGCCCUGUCAUCGCAGAGGCAGGUCCAGAGAGUGGAAGAUAAACGCCCCUUCCAGCCUCCCAUGUCAGCUCUGAGCCUGUGCCCACCUUGGAAGGCCUGGGCCCCAGCGCCAGCAUUUGGGCCCUUGUGGCCAGGGGCUAUCGCCGCAACCUUCUGCAGGAUCAAUGAAUUGCACUCUCUCCACCUGGCCUGGCUCCUGUCCCAGGCGUGCUUCAGUUUUCCCUUCUGGCAGAGGCCCCUGGGCCCCAUUCAGUUCAAACUACCAGGGCAGAAUCCUUUGCCCUUAAAUCUGGAGUGGAAACAGAAGGAGCUUGUUCCAUUGCCCAGCAUGGAAAGCCCAGAUUGCAGACCAGAUGGGGGACCAGGAGGAGAUGCAACCCUACAGAAUUGCCCGAGGCCAGAGACCCCCCAGAAAGUCAUGAGUUUAUUGGUUGUCUCAGGGGGCUCAGGUGUAAAGGACAAGACUGGCCCAGGACUUCCACAGAUAGGGCCCCCCUUGACCUCUACGGCCCAACUGCAAGCUGGAAGCAAGCCAGGGGAUCAAGGAAGCAUGCAGCAAGAUUGUAAGGGGCCAGAAGAGGGCCCUGUGGCGCUGCCAACAGGGCAAGGCGUGCCUACAGCUCAGGGGGGGUCCGUGGCUCAAGAGGGCCUGACGGCUCAGUCAGCAUCCGAUGCUCAAAUAGUGCCUGAAACUCUCAAAGUGCCCGAGGCUACAGCAGUGCCCACAGCUCAAGCCCCACCCACAGAUCAGGAGCUGCCUGCAGCCCCUAAAGUGCCUACAGCGGAGAUGAUGAUGGCAGUCCCCACAGAACCUGCAGCUCUCAAAGUGCCUUCGGUUCCAACAAAGCCAGCAGCUCAAGGGGGGCCCACAGCUCAGAAGGCAGCCAUGGGUCAGCCGGCAUCAGCAGCUCAAAUGGUACCUGUGACUCCCAAAACUGCCCCAGCUCAGAAAAUGUCUGCAGGAAAAACAUCACUUGCAGCAAAAACACCCAAAGCUCAAACUGGGCCUGCAGCUAAAACAGGGUCUACAGCCCCCAAAGGACCUGCAGCCCCCAAAGCACCUGCAGCUUCCAAAGCCUCCAGAGCCCCCAAAACACCUGUAGCUCAGAAGACACCCACAGAUCCAGGGCCAAGCCUGGAUGCAGCCAAACUCCUAAGCGAGGUCCAGCCUUCGUCAAGGGGCAAGGGCCAGGGAGAGUCCAGAAGGCAGAGUCCUCAGUCCUGCAGCACACUGGCUUCCAGUAGUCAGCACCAACCUCAGAUGGAGGGGCUCCUGGGGGCUUGGGAGGGGGCCCCAAGGCAGCCGCCUCGUCACCCACAGCCAAACAGCACAGUGACCAGUUUCCAGAGGUACCACGAGGCCCUGAAUACACCCUUCGAACUGAACUUGUCAGGGGAACCUGGGAACCAGGGGUUACGGCGAGUGGUCAUUGAUGGCAGCAGUGUGGCCAUGGUGCACGGCCUCCAGCACUUCUUCUCCUGCCGAGGCAUUGCCAUGGCAGUGCAGUAUUUCUGGAACCGGGGACACCGAGAAGUCACUGUGUUUGUACCCACCUGGCAGCUGAAGAAGAACCGGAGGGUGAGAGAGAGCCACUUCCUGACGAAGCUGCACUCCCUCAAGAUGCUUUCAAUCACCCCCUCCCAGCUCGAGAAUGGCAAGAAGAUCACCACCUACGACUAUAGGUUCAUGGUAAAGCUGGCGGAGGAGACAGACGGCAUCAUUGUCACCAAUGAGCAACUCCACACCCUGAUGAAUAAUUCCAAGAAACUGAUGAUCAAAGAUCGGCUACUGCCCUUUACCUUUGCGGGGAAUCUCUUCAUGGUGCCCGACGACCCCCUGGGCCGUGAUGGCCCCACCCUGGACGAAUUUCUGAAGAAGCCAAACAGGCUAGACACCGACAUCGGCAACUUCCUGAAGGUGUGGAAGACGCUUCCUCCCAGCUCGGCUGGCACCUCUGAGCCAGGUGAUGGUACAGGUCCUGCGCCUCUAGAGGGUCUGCAGAAUGUGGAAGAGGUCCGGGAGGAGAAGGAGGAGAGAAAGGACGAUGAGCAGAGGGAGGGGCAGGGAACGCAGGAGCUGCCUGAAGAAGAUGCCCUGGACUCCUCACUGGCAUCAGUGUUCAGGGCUGAGUGCCCUUCCCUUUCAGAGGAAAUCCUCCGGUGCCUCAGCCUCCACGACCCUCCUGAUGGGGCCCUAGACAUUGAUCUUCUGCCGGCACCGGCAUCUCCCUACCUGGGCAUCCCUUGGGAUGAGAAGGCUCCCUGCCAGCAGGUUCUUGCCCACCUGGCCCAGCUGACCAUCCCCAGCAACUUCACUGCACUCUCCUUCUUUGUGGGGUUUAUGGACUCCCACCAGGAGGUCAUCCCUGACUAUGAAGCCCUCGUGGGCCCCCUGCACAACCUCCUCAAGCAGAAGCCGGACUGGCAGUGGGACUGGGAGCAUGAGAAGGCCUUCCUGGCUCUGAAGCGAGCCCUGGUGUCUGCCCUCUGCCUGACGGCCCCCAACACCCAGCUGCCCUUCCGCCUGGAGGUGACAGUGAGCCAAGUGGCCCUAACGGCCAUUGUCUAUCAGGAGCACUCAGGAAGGAAGCACCCUGUAGCCUAUACCUCGAAACCCCUCCUUCCCGAUGAGGAGAGUGAGGGCCCCCAGUCGGGGGGAGACAGUCCCUAUGCGGUGGCCUGGGCCCUCAAACAUUUUUCCCGCUGCAUUGGAGACGCCCCAGUGGUCCUGGACCUUUCCUAUGCCUCCCGGGCCACUGUGGACCCUGAGGCGCCGGAGGGCCGCAGGGUUUCUAAAGCAUGGUUAAUUCGAUGGUCCCUCUUGGUACAGGACAAAGGCAAGAGGGCCCUGGAAUUGACCCUUCUUCAGGGCCUGCUGGGAGAAAACCGACUGCUGACGCCCGCAUCCUCGAUGCCUCGCUUUUUCCAGGUUCUGCCUCCUUUUUCCGACCUGUCCACUUUUGUCUGCAUCCACAUGUCAGGCUAUUGCUUUUACCGUGAGGACGAGUGGUGUGCUGGCUUUGGUCUCUAUGUCCUGUCUCCCACCAGCGCCCCUGUCUCCCUUUCCUUCUCUUGCUCCCCUUACACACCAACCUAUGCGCACCUGGCAGCUGUGGCCUGUGGCCUGGAGCGCUUCGGCCAGUCCCACCUCCCCGUGGUUUUCCUCACGCAUUGCAACUGGAUCUUCAGCGUCCUCUGGGAGCUCCUGCCCCUGUGGAGGGCUCGAGGUUUCCUCUCCUCAGACGGAUCCCCGCUACCUCACCCAAGCCUGCUCUCCUACAUCAUCUCGCUCACCUCUGGCCUCUCGUCCCUUCCGUUCAUCUACCGAACCUCCUACCGGGGCUCCCUGUUUGCUGUGACAGUGGACACCCUGGCCAAGCAGGGGGCACAGGGGGGCGGGGAGUGGUGGGACCUGCCAAAGGAUGUGCCAACCCCUGUAGUGUCCCCCCACACCAUGGGCAAGAGGCCCGACUUGCUGGCAUUACAGCUGAGCGACAGCACUCUGGCCGAUGUCGUGGCCAAGCUGCAGGCCGGGCAGAAAUUGUCUAGCUCCUCACCCUUCAGUUCUGUCUUUAACUCACUCAGCCUUGACAAAGAGAGCGGCCUGCUUAUGUUCAAGGGGGAUAAGAGGCCCAAGGUCUGGGUAGUCCCGAGGCAACUCCGGAGGGACCUGAUUUUCUCUGUGCAUGACCUUCCCCUGGGCGCCCACCAGAGGCCCGAGGAGACCUACAAGAAGUUGCGUCUGCUGGGGUGGUGGCCUGGGAUGCAGGAGCAUGUGAGGGACUACUGCCGGAGCUGCCUAUUUUGCAUCCCCCGAAAUCUCAUCGGCAGUGAGUUGAAGGUGAUUGAGUCCGUGUGGCCCCUCAGGUCCACUGCACCCUGGUCCAACCUGCAGAUUGAGGUGGUGGGCCCGGUCACCAUAAGUGAGGAGGGCCACAAGCACGUGCUGAUUGUGGCCGACCCCCACACCAGGUGGGUGGAGGCGUUCCCCCUGAAGCCCUACACGCACAUGGCAGUGGCCCAGGUGCUGCUCCAGCAUGUGUUUGCCAGGUGGGGCGUUCCCGUGAGGCUGGAGGCUGCCCAGGGCCCCCAGUUUGCUCGGCAUGUCCUGGUGAGCUGUGGGCUGGCCCUGGGAGCCCAGGCAGCCUCCCUGAGCAGGGACCUCCAGUUCCCCUGCCUGACCAGCUCAGAUGCCUACUGGGAAUUCAAAAGGGCCCUCAAGGAGUUCAUCUUCCUGCACGGCAAGAAGUGGGCUUCUUCUCUGCCCUUGCUGCACCUGGCCUUCAGGGCCUCCUCCACCCAGGCCACGCCGGUCCAGAUCCUGACGGGGGAUGAGGUGAGGCUGAGCGAGCCCCUGUGGUGGGAGAUGAGCAGUGCCAAUAUCGAAGGGCUCAAGAUGGAUGUCUUCUUGCUGCAGCUCAUUGGGGAGCUGCUGGAGCUACACUGGCGGGUGACCGACAAGGCUAGCGAAAAGGCAGAAAAUAGGCGUUUCAAGAGGGAGGGUCAGGAGAAGGAGUGGAAUGUGGGCGACCAGGUCCUCUUGCUGUCACUCCCCAGGAACGGCAGCAGUGCCAAAUGGGUGGGCCCCUUCUAUAUCGGGGACCGCCUGAGCCUGUCCCUCUAUAGAGUCUGGGGCUUCCCAACCCCAGAGAAGCUUGGGUGCAUCUAUCCCAGCAGCCUGAUGAAGGCCUUUGCCAAGAGUGUCACACCCCUGUCCUUCAAGGUCUCGGAGCAAUGACUGGGGCACUGGGAGAGCCCCCACUCCAGGUCCUGAGCUUUUGCUGCUAGGCCUCCCCCAGCCCCAAGAAGUGGUCUCAUAGCCCCCUGGGGGCUUCAGUUGUGCCUUUUGUGGAGAAGUUAAUUCACAAAGCUUUGCUGAAUUGCCUUGAACUGGGGAUCAGCAUCCCUGUGGAAGCAUCCCCAGUUUGGGAUAUUGGGAGAGGCUGUCAAAGGCUGUGAGAUGUGGGCUUCUGGCAGUUUUACCCUGGGGGGCAGAAAGUCCCCUUAUGAAGGUAGGCCAGGCUCAUUGUCUUUCCCCAGGUAUCCCCAUCAUCCUGUCACACGUGUGCAGGUACAUACACACGUCCCCCAGAAUUUUACUUCUGUCUGUCCUGUCAAGUGGUAUUGGCUCUGGGCCUCAAAAUCAGAACCACAUUCCCGUAUCAAACAGAAAUCUCAAAUAUGGACUCUUCCCCUGAACUGUUCAUUUGGGGACCUCUGCCCUUCAAGCUGUCACAGCUGACCCAAAUCCAUGAGGGCUGUGGAGAGGCACCCCAUUCCCAGUCUCACGGCCACCUUCCCCAGGCCAGUCGAGGCCUGCCCAGCUGUCGAGGAGGGACUGGCAGUUCUGGGCCCAGGGCUCAGAGCUGGGGUAGAAGUAUGGCCAGCCACAUAGAGCACCCCUCUUGUCAGCAGGGGAAAGGCAAGGGAAGACAGCCUACCUCAGUGGGCUCCAGCCAAUGAAGACAACCCAUCCCCUCCUUCAAUGGCGUCAACCAUACAGGAAUCAAGGAUCUCGAUGCCGAGUGUGGCAUCUCUACCUGACAAGCUACUUCAGCUAUACCAAGGGGCCCAGGCCUCUGUUUCAAGGGGGCAGGGCAUCUGAAAUGAGCAGUGUGGCACACGAGGAGGUGCUGGCACGGCUCUACUUUUUAACCUUGCCCCAAAGCCCACAGACCUCUCUUCCCGUGUCUACUGUACCCUGUAUCCCCAGACCCUGCACAGUGUGUGACUGCUUUGGUUGGAUCGUCCCAUCCCUUGCACCUGCCUUCUGUGUAGAGCAAAACCUAGCUCCCUCACACCUGCUUUCUGCAAAGAUCAUCUUGUAGAGACAGUGAAUUUCUCAUAGGUGUGUGCACUUACAUUAACCUUUGGAGUGGCUGCUGUUUCUGUGGACUGUAGUUUCCAGGUGAAGGCCAGCACCGUGUCACUCUGGCGGGGCCUCCAAGUGGUUUUAGUUUUCCAAAGCUGAGCCAGACUCCUGGCCCAGCUCAGGUUGCCCAAGCACUUGGCAUUGCUAGAGUCAGAGUAGAACCCACCAUUGAGACCAGUUUGCUUGUUUUACAGCCAAGGAAAGAGGCCCGGAGGGGAAGUGACAUGCCCGAAGUCACAUAGCUGGUUCAUUGGUGGCUGAGUUGGGAUCAAGAUUAAACUUCCUAACUUUUAGUUUGCCUUAAACAGGUUUCUGGUGACAGGUUCAAGGGAGAGGAUCCCUCAGAAUCCUAUCCCGUUCCCCAUCUCCCAGUUCUUGUAGACAAACUGCUUCAUGCUGCCCUUAAACCAUUUCCAGCUGUUAAUUCUGUCCAGGAGAGAAUGAUUGGGUGACAGCUAAGAAACUGAAAGUUUAGCUGUGGCAUUGUUGGCACAUCUUUCAUCCUUUUCCCCCCUUUCUCCCCCUCUUCUCUGCUCGUCCCUCUAAUGGUAUGCCCAGACUCCUCCUUCCCAAUGCUGUACCCACAUCCCAGCUGCCCUCCUCUGCCCACCCCAACUGUUAGCCUCAUUUAUGGUCUUCUAUCCUUUUGUGUGAUUUUUUUCGCAUUCAAUUUGUCAAUAAAUAGAUCCAAAUGGA